AUGUCCCUCGACGAGUCGCCGCACAACGGAUGGCCCGCGAAUAAGAUCCGUCAGACGUUCCUCGACUUUUUCGAGUCGAAGGAGCACGCGGUGGUGCCGUCCUCGCCCGUGGUCCCGCACGACGACCCGACGCUUCUCUUCGCGAACGCGGGGAUGAACCAGUUCAAGAGCAUCUUCCUCGGCAAGGCGGACCCGAAGGGCCCGCUCGCGAAGCUCAAGCGCGCGACGGACACGCAGAAGUGCAUUCGCGCGGGCGGGAAACACAACGAUCUGGACGACGUCGGCAAGGACACGUACCAUCACACGUACUUCGAGAUGCUCGGGAACUGGUCGUUCGGGGACUUCUUCAAGCGCGAGGCGAUUCACUGGGCGUGGGAGCUCCUGACGAGUAAGGAGCACUACGGCCUGGACGAAUCGCGUCUCUACGCGUCGUACUUUGGCGGCGACGAAUCGCAGGGUCUGCCGCCCGACCUCGAAGCCCGCGACAUCUGGCUCGAGGUGCUCCCUCCGAACAAAGUCUUGCCGUUCGGGUGCGAGGAUAACUUCUGGGAGAUGGGCGACGUCGGCCCGUGCGGUCCGUGCAGCGAGAUCCACUACGACCGCAUCGGCGGCCGCGACGCCGCCGACCUCGUGAACGCGGACGAUCCGAACUGCCUCGAGAUUUGGAACAUCGUCUUCAUCCAGUUUAACCGCGAAGAAGGCGGCGUCCUCAAACCGCUCCCGGCGAAGCACGUCGACACCGGCAUGGGCUUCGAGCGCAUCGCCUCGAUCCUCCAAGACAAGAUGAGCAACUACGACACGGACGUCUUCACGCCGAUUUUCGAACGCAUCCGAGAGGUGACGGGCGCGCCUCCGUAUACGGGACUUCUCGGCGCGGAGGACGAGGGGGAAAAAGACAUGGCGUACCGCGUCGUCGCGGAUCACAUCCGGACGUUGACGUUCGCGAUCGCGGACGGCGCCGCACCCGGGUCGGAUGGCCGCAACUACGUGUUGCGGCGCGUGUUGCGACGCGCGGUGCGAUUCGGCCGCGAGAAGCUCGGAGCGGAGCAGGGUUUUUUUCAAAAGCUCGUCGCCGUCGUCGUCGAGCUCUUCGGGCACGUGUUCCCGGAGAUUGUCAAGCACGAGAAGCGCGUCACGGACAUCAUCGCGGACGAGGAGGAGUCGUUCGGUCGCACGCUGCUGAAGGGCAUCGAUCAGUUCAAGAAGAUCGCGGCGAAGGCGAAGGAGGACGGCGGCGCCGUUGUCGACGGCGCCGCCGCGUUUUUGCUCUGGGAGUCGUUCGGUUUCCCGAUUGACCUCACGGAGAUCAUGGCUGAGGAGAACGGCAUGACCGUGGACACCGCCGGGUUCGACGCCGCGUUUAAGGAGGCGCAAGAGAAGUCCCGAGCCGGGGGGAAGAAGUCCGACGGCCCGUCGCUCCUCUUCGAAGCGGAGGCCACGUCGUGGCUGCAAAAGAACGGCUCAAAGUGGGGCAAGGCGAAGGACAUCGCGCACGCGCACGACGCGAUCCCGUUCACGGACGACUCGCCAAAGUACGACGGACCCGAGGCGGACCCGAGCGCGGUCGUGAAGGCGAUCUUGACCCUGAACGGUUUCGUCGAGAGCACCGAAGGCGUCGAAGGCCCGAUCGGCCUGGUGCUCGACCGCACGUCGUUUUACGCCGAGAGCGGCGGGCAGGUGUGCGACGUCGGCGUGAUCACGACCGAAAACGGCGCGUCUCUGGCCGUUAACGAAGUGAAAGUCGCCGCCGGAUUUGUCCUCCACUCCGGCGAGCGCGUCGAGGGCGAGGCGAUCACGGUCGGCAAUACGUGCGCCGCGCGCGUGGACUACGACCGCCGAGCGAACAUCGCGCCCAAUCACACGAUGACGCACGUGCUGAAUUUCGCGCUUCGAAGCGUCCUCGGCGACGGCGUCGACCAAAAAGGGUCGCUCGUGGACGAUGAGAAGCUCCGCUUCGACUUCUCGCACAACAAGCCGAUGUCCAACAACGAGAUCAAGCGCGUGGAGGAGAUCGUGCGCGAGCGCGUCGGCGCGUCGCUCGCGGUGGACGCGCGUGAAGUCGCGCUCGCCGACGCCAAGACAAUCAGCGGCUUACGCGCGGUGUUCGGCGAGGUGUACCCCGACCCCGUGCGCGUCGUCUCCGUCGGCCCGACGAUCGACGAGCUGCUCGCAAACCCCGGGAGCGAGGAGUGGACCAAGUACAGCAUCGAAUUCUGCGGCGGCACGCACCUCGCGAACACGUCGCAGGCGGAGGGAUUCGUCCUCCUCGAGGAGGCGGGCAUCGCCAAGGGUAUUCGACGCGUCGUCGCGGCGACGCGCGGCGGCGCGGUCGCCGCGCUCGCGACCGCCGCCGGCAUCGCCGCGCGCGUGGACGCCUGCGACGCGAUGCCGCCCGGCCCCGAGCUCGACAAGGAGAUGGCUGCGCUGAAGAACGACGUCGACACCGCGGUCAUGCCCGCGGUGCAACGCGCGGAGAUUCGCGACCGGAUGGCGGCGACGACGAAAAAGCUCAUCGCCGCCGCGAAGGAAGCCGCCGUCGCGGUGAAAGCCGCGGCGAAGAAGGCUGUGGAGGAGAAGACCGCGGAGGUGAAAGCGGCGGGGGAGACCGUGUUCGUGAUGCGCCUGGGCGACGGCGCGGACCCUGGCGCGCUGAAGGACGCCGCCGCGGUGGCGUUUAAGCAGGACGUCGCGUGCGCGUUGUUUUCGGCGGAUACGGUCAAGGGCAAGGCGAUGUGCUACGUCUCCGCGCCGCCGUCCGCGACGCCGGCGAUCGACGUGAAGAAGUGGCUGGACGCGUGCUGCGGGCCGAUCGAGGGCAAGGGCGGGGGUGGGAAAGGCGGCGUCGCGCAGGGGCAAGGGAACAAGGUGGAGGGGCUGGACGACGCCAUCGCCGCGGCGGCCGCCUUCGUCGGAAAAUGA